AUGGCGCUCUUUGCCUUGACUAUGAAUUCUAGGGAUAACAAAAUUACUCGAGCCCGACAAUGCAAAUUGGAAAAGGGGUCCGUAGAUGAGGUUCAGCAGGCUGAUGAGAGCAAGCUUACAACAGCAACAUCAGAUCAUGUGGACCAAGUGGUAAAAUCCGAGACGUGUCCUAAAGAAGAGGUAGACCCUACAGUGGAGAACAAAUCUCCAAAAUCAGUUAUGAGUAACGGAGUAAAUGAGACGGUUAAGGAAGAAGCAUCAGUUGACCAAGAGUCAAAGAAACUAGAGGAAGAAAAAACUCAAGAAUCGCUUAAUAAAUAAGACACUGACGAUUAUGAUGCUGACAA